AUGUCACUACGUGAAAUAGCAGCAAAAACAUUACUUCCUCGAAACUACAGUUCAAUAUAUAUGGUCGACAAGUAUAAAUCAACAAAAUGUAUUGGUAACUUAUUUGGACGUGGUCGCAAAAGGAAAACAACAGCAACAACAGAUCGACUUAUUCAACGUAAGCUCAAGUACGAUCGACGAAAAUCAGCUUCCACGGUGAAAUGGGAUCCAACACAUCAUCUAAGUGCAAGAAUAAAUUUUUAA